AUGGCUCCAUCUCGCUCCACCCAUUGCACCAUCGUCAACAACACUUCGCUCACGCUGAAUCUUACCGGUAGCGGGUGCGACCAUGGCCAAUGGACUCUGAACUUUGGCCCUUCCGAUACUGCCAACACUAUCCCCGCUAAUGACAAGAAGACUUUCCAAGCCGAGUCCGCUGGGGUCAUGACCGGUGACCAGGGGUGGGCGGAAUACGGCAGUUCCGCUGGCUAUUUCAAGUUCAAUUUCGACAACCCUUUUAGUGGUUCCAAUGGGUACAGUGAGAGCGCGCCCGAUGGCUAUAGUAUCAAGCGUGAGGGCGGUAGUGGCAAUGACGCUCGUGUUACCUGGACUAUUCAACACAACUAA